AGCCUUCACCCGCAUUCCCUGCGCCCCCUGCCGUUGCGGCGAUUUUUCAUCCGAGUGCCCGGGGUCGGUUUCCACCUCCAAACCACCGAACGAACGAGUCAGGCCAUCGGCAUUUGCCGCGUCCACGCAAGGUUUAAGCCAGCAGUUGCCGAACAAGGACCAGAGGACGACCCUUUCGCGUCGAACACUCACGCAGCGCCACCCAAACAGCCGCCAUGGCGGCUCGCUUCGCAGUGCUCAAUGAGGAGAAGAAGAUCCUCAGGCGGAAGGAGAAGGAGCUCGAACGCCAGCAGAAGAUUGAAGAGAUCAAGGCUGCUCCUGUUCCCACCAACGUUGGGAAGUGGGCGGAUGCUUCGGACGAUGAGGAGCUGAACGUCAAGGCGCCCAUCUCGGACACCGAGACCGAAAGCGAGGCAGGCGAUGCACCCGAGGCACCUGUGCAGGACUGGGAGCAGCGGGAGGAACCUCCAAAGGUAGAGGCACCACAGGCUCCAUCCAGCGGGAAGAACAAGAAGGAAGCAAAGAAGGUUGUGAAGCCCGAGGAUGAGGACCUGGAUGCGAUUCUUGGUGAGUUGGGGAUCGACAUCCCUCAGCAAGAGCCACUGGACAGAAGGAGGCAAGGUGGAGCAUCUUCUUCAAAGAAGAACAGAAAGAAGAAGGAGAAGGAGGCCGACACCGAUGGUGCAGGAGGCUACCCCGAUGCCUCUAAGGUCGACGGGAAGGAAGAGAAGGCGAAAGCCAAAGCCAAAGAGGAAAAGGCUCCGAAAGAAAAGGAGGAGAAUGGCGAUGGUGAGGAGAAGGUCCUCGAUGAAGCUGCCAAGCAAGCAGCGCUAGAGACCCUGAAGAAGAAGAAGGCCGCGGCCGCCAAGAAGUCGGCUCCCUCCGAUGCCGUCAAGGCUGCCGCUGCUGAGGCCAAAAAGAGGGCCGAGCAAAAGAAGACCAAGAAAGACAAGUCCAUGUAUGAUCGAUGAGUUCGAGGUGGUGUGGUGGAUCGUGCGUUUGAGACUUUCAAUUUUGACUUUCUAGACCUCGCUUGGCCAGGUCUGAUACAAAUACUCAUGCUGUAGCAUGGCAAUUUGCAUCCUGCCAAGUGUGGCCGCCUUGGGACGCGACACAGCUGGUCCCGACAGCUCAGCUGCAGCCACAGACAGCCCAUCUUGGAACAUCUUGGGACCCCCCAAAAAAGAGCUUUGGACAUGCGGAAAGAGGUGUUUCUGCCGACUGAUUCGGUUGACAGGAUUUCACAUGGACAUUCAUGGAUUUUGACCGUGUCCUCUUCACAUGUCCACGAUCUUCAGGCAUCAGUUUGGCGCCCCAACACCGGCUGUUCACUGGCACCAGCCCAACAUAGCGCGACGCAGUUCGUCGGGCAGCGCCCGCGCUGUUCGUGGCCGUCGCGCGUUUCAGUCUUUGCUUCGACGUUCUGUGCAACGCCCAGAUUCGUCCAAUCUCCUGUGAACUCAUUGGAGUUUACGGCCGUUGAAUAGGAUGUCAAGGCUUGGAAGCCAAGGGAGGGCAGAUGCC